GUUAUGCAACGAGAAGUCAUGCCUGGGCAGCGUCAUGGCCAUCCCGGGCCGCGGAGACGUGCCAAGAGUACCGGAGGAAGUGCUCAACGACGCAAAAGACUUCUUGGGACAAUACUUUGCUUCCAUCAGGAGGGCAAACACCCCAGCUCACGAAGCGCGCUGGAACGCAGUUCAAGAAGAAGUAUCGAAGACUGGGACCUACCAGCUGACCACCACGGAGCUAGUAUUCGGCUGUAAGCUGGCCUGGAGAAACGCGAGUCGAUGCAUAGGCAGAAUACAGUGGUCUAAGCUCCAGGUUUUCGAUUGCCGACAAGUAACAACUACGAGCGGGAUGUUCGAAGCGCUAUGCAACCACAUCAAGUACAGCACCAAUAAAGGCAACAUAAGGUCUGCCAUCACGGUGUUCCCCCAGCGCACGGACGGGCAACACGACUACAGAAUAUGGAACAGCCAGCUCAUCAGCUACGCGGGUUACAAACAGCCGGACGGCACUGUUCUGGGGGACCCGAUGCACUGUGAAUUCACUGAGCUUUGCCUUAAACUGGGCUGGAAGCCGCCUAGGACCGCGUGGGAUAUUUUACCCUUAGUCCUGUCCGCCAAUGGGAAAGACCCGGACUAUUUCGAGAUUCCCAGAGAACUCAUCAUGGAGAUUCACAUGACCCAUCCGACGUACGAAUGGUUUGAAGAGCUGAACCUGCGCUGGUAUGCGCUGCCCGCGGUAUCGAGCAUGCGUUUCGACUGCGGCGGCAUCGAGUUCACCGCGAACGCAUUCAACGGCUGGUACAUGAGCACGGAGAUCGGCUGCAGGAACUUUUGUGACGUCAACAGGCUUAAUAUGCUUGAGAAAGUGGCCCAGAAAAUGGGAUGCGACACCAGAACGCCAGUGACCCUGUGGAAAGACAAAGCUCUGGUGGAAGUGAAUGUCGCCGUGCUGCACAGCUUCCAGCAACAUAACGCCACCAUCGUCGACCACCACACCGCUUCUGAGAGCUUCAUCAAGCAUCUGGACAAUGAGAACCGAUUACGGUCGGGCUGUCCAGCGGACUGGAUAUGGAUCGUCCCGCCAAUGUCGUCAUCCAUCACACCGGUAUUUCAUCAGGAGAUGGCGUUAUAUUAUCUCAGGCCUUCCUACGAAUAUCAGGAACCAGCAUGGAAGACCCAUCAGUGGCAGAAGUCAAAGCCAAUCACCGGUAAAAAGCCGAUAAACAGAAAGUUCCACUUUAAGCAGAUAGCUCGAGCUGUCAAAUUUACAUCCAAACUGUUCGGCCGGGCGCUUUCGAAGAGGAUUAAGGCGACGGUUUUGUAUGCGACCGAGACUGGCAAAUCUGAGCAAUACGCCAAGGAGCUAGGAGUCAUAUUUGGACAUGCCUUCAACGCUCAGGUCCAUUGCAUGGCAGACUAUGAUAUAACCUCAAUAGAGCAUGAAGCGCUAUUGUUGGUUGUUACAUCCACUUUUGGAAAUGGUGAUCCGCCAGAAAAUGGUGUAGCUUUUGGAGAACAUCUUUGCGAGAUACUUUACGCAGAUCAAGUUGAAGAAGCCGGAGCUCAAAAUAUGCCGACACCAAAAUCCUUUAUUAAAGCCAACAGCCAAAUGGAAUUGCAAAAAUUCACGGUUGGGAAUCCCAAACAGUUAAAUCGAUUGGAAUCACUCAUAGGAAGCGCCACUGACACAGUAUCCAUUGAUAGUUUUGGGCCACUCAGCAAUGUUCGUUUUGCUGUGUUUGCGCUUGGUUCUAGCGCUUAUCCCAAUUUCUGCAAUUUUGGAAAAUAUGUGGAUAAGUUGUUGGGUGACCUUGGCGGCGAGAGGAUUCAUGACGUGGCCACUGGUGACGAAAUGUGUGGUCAAGAUCAGGCGUUUAGAAAAUGGGCUUCCAGUGUGUUUAAUGUUGCGUGUGAAACAUUCUGCUUGGAUGACGACGAAACACUACAAGAAGCAAAAAGAGCGCUAGGAACAGUGGCACUGAGUGAGCAAACUGUCCGGUUUACCCACCCAGAAAACAAAGCCCCAUCUUUGACAGUUGCACUUCAAUCCACCCUCAAUAGACAACUUGUGACGUGUGUUGUUAGGGCGAAUAAAGAUUUGGGCGAUGAAUCAGCUGAAAGAUCUACUAUCUUUAUUGACAUGGAACCAAAGGACGAAAUCAAAUAUGACCCUGGCGAUCACGUUGGUAUAAUUGCAUGCAAUCGUAAAGAACUGGUUGACAGUUUACUAGCACGCUUAAAAGACAUUGAAGAUUAUGACGAAGCUUUGCAGCUCCAGCUUAUGAAGGAAACACACACAUCAGCUGGGCCGGUAAAAUCUUGGGAGCCACAUGAAAGAUUGCCAAUAGUUAGUGUGCGUGAACUAUUCACACGCUUUCUAGAUAUCACUACUCCUCCAACCACGAUACUCUUGCAAUAUCUGGCGACAACCUGUGAAAGAGGAGAGAGGACACAGCUGAAUUUAUUAGCGACUGACCCUGGAGCAUACGAAGAUUGGCGGCACUUCCACUUCCCUACAUUGCCUGAAGUAUUGCAACAGUUUCCUUCAGCCAGACCAAGCGCAUCCCUUUUGGCUGCCCUGCUGUCACCUUUGCAGCCGAGAUUUUAUUCCAUAUCGUCUUCGCCUAUUGCACACCCUAAGCGAUUACAUCUUACAGUGGCUGUCGUUACAUACAGAACUCAAGAUGGAGAAGGUCCCGUUCACUACGGCGUCUGUUCCAACUACCUUAUGGACCGGAAGCCCGGUGAUGAAGUGUACUUGUUCAUUAGAAGCGCUCCAAACUUCCAUCUUCCUGAGGACCUAUCAGUUCCAUUAAUCCUCAUCGGCCCUGGUACUGGCAUUGCACCUUUCCGUGGUUUCUGGCAUCAUCGAAGAGCGCUCCUUAAUUCUCGCUCUCGCAGUAACCCUGGGCCUGUCUGGCUUUUCUUUGGAUGUAGAACGAGGACUAUGGACCUGUAUCGAGAAGAAAAGGAGCAAGCUUUGAGAGACAAUGUCCUCACCAAAGUUUUCCUUGCUUUGUCAAGGGAAAAGAACAUUCCAAAGAUGUAUGUUCAAGAGUUAGCUGAAAAAGAAGGCCAAGAAAUUCACGAUUUAUUAAUAAAUCGGGGAGCGCACUUUUACGUAUGCGGCGACUGCAAAAUGGCCGAAGACGUCAAUCAAAAGCUCAGAGGAAUCAUAAUGAAAUACAGCGAUAUGACCAAAGAUCAAGUUCAAAGCUUCAUGUUUAAAUUAAAGGAGGAAAAUCGCUACCACGAAGACAUCUUUGGUAUCACGCUCCGUACCGCAGAAGUGCACAGCGCAUCGCGGGAGUCGGCACGGCGCAACAGAGUAGCCGCGCAGCCCUGACGCCGGUCCUCCCGCUUUAGGCCCAACUCGCUCGUCUAGCAAGUACGCCCCACUACCAAAGUUAGCAAGCUAAGUUAACAGCGACUUAAUAGCUCCGCCUGUGCAAGGGCCAAACGUUGUAUUCAUAGAAAUUUGAGGUUCUAAAAAACAUUUGCAGGACGCUAUAAAAAUGGGCAGUUUCAGAAUUUGGGACCCGCCAAUUAGCGUAGGUAAGUCGUUAACAAAGAUUAACUCACUGUCAGUUUUGUGACGAUAAUUUA